UCUGCCAGUUCUGUAGCCAGAUGGUCAACACGUCCUCGACUCUGUCACCUCACUUCAGGUGCCGGGUCGGUGUGAUGUGUCGGUUCUUUGAAGAGCCCUGUUCAGGUCUCCAGUGUCACCCAUAAGAUCUCCAGCUCAGGUGGUUUUGGGUUUCCACCAAGCAGCGCCCAAAAUCGCUCAGCUGUUCAGCGUUGCUCGGCUACCCUCAUCUUUAAUUUACCUGGCCAGACUGAACUACAGGCGCCCGCAUACGCCUCAGUCUUCAACAUGCAGCAGGAGUCCGAGAAGACGACGUAUGACCGGGAGCCCAACGGAGAGGCCAUGAGUCCGGAUGUACGGGACGCUAAAGGUUCGGUGGGAGAUGAGGAGAACCAGGGAGUGGCCCCAUCAGCGCCACCGCUAUCCCAGGAAGAUCUGCCAUCCGGGCCUCCUCCGUGUCCAAGAGCGAAGUUGGUGUUUCACACGCAGUUGGCUCACGGGAGCCCGACGGCCCGCAUUCAUGGGUUCACCAAUGUGAAGGAACUAUACGCCAAGAUUGCAGAGGUCUUCAACAUCUCAGCAUCUGAGAUCCUUUUCUGCACCUUGAAUUCCCAUAAAGUUGACAUGCAGAAGCUUUUAGGAGGUCAGAUCGGCCUGGAUGACUUCAUAUUUGCCCACGUGAGAGGUGAAACUAAAGAGGUCGAGGUCAUUAAGACAGAGGAUGCACUUGGCCUGACCAUCACAGACAAUGGGGCGGGAUAUGCUUUCAUUAAAAGGAUAAAGGAAGGCAGCACCAUUGACAGAAUAAAAUCGGUGUGUGUUGGCGAUCACAUUGAGGCCGUCAAUGACCAAAGCAUUGUGGGAUGUCGGCAUUAUGAAGUUGCAAAAAUGCUGAAGGAGCAGACGAGAGGAAAUCCAUUCACGCUGCGUCUGGUGGAGCCUAAAAAAGCCUUUGACAUGAUAGGCCAGAGAACGAGAGCGCCCAAGUCCAGCGAGGGCAAAAUGGUGAGCGGGAAGGAGACCCUUCGGCUACGAUCCAAAGGAGCAGCGACGCUUCAGGAAAUGCCCAACGAGUUUGAAGACAAGGCCAUCAGGAAGGUGGAUGAACUUUUGGAGAGCUACAUGGGAAUCCGGGACCAGGAGCUCGCGACCACCAUAGUGGAAGCUGGAAGGGACAAAAACAACCCGGACGAUUUUGCAGAGGCGCUCGACUCCGUUCUGGGAGACUUCGGCUUUCCCGACGUCUUUCUGUUUGAAGUGUGGGGCGCUCUUGGAGACGUUAAGAACGGACGGAUUUAGAGUGUAUCUGAUCGUUACGGAUGAUUUGUGACCUCUGUCGACUAUCUUCAUACACAAACCUCCCGAUUCCCGUACUGAUCCUGAGGAAUGGAAAAUGUCAAGGUAUUCCGGCUGAACGCUUCAGAUCAAACGAUCCUGCACAUUUUCUUACGUUUAAACCUUUAAUCAUGUAUGUGUUUAUCACAACAAAUUUGACUUGAAGUAUUACGAUGUUUUUGACUAUAUAGUAGGGAUGUAGGUUAUACAUUAGUUGUCUUUGCUUUUAAAAGGAAUUUUGUUUCAUGAAUAGAUACAUACAGAUGUUGCAAGCAAUACAAAAUGAAUGAUCUUUAAGAUUAAUGAUAGUUCUUGUGACAUAAACGAUUUGUGUAAAUAUAAAUCAUCAAAUCCGGACACAUGUGAAUACUUGUAAUGCUUAUAAACCUUAAAAAAAGAAGUGGACAUACAGUAGCACUGCGUAGUACAUUUCUUGUUUCACAUUUACAUGUUUUACUUUUAAGAUGAUCUGAUGUGACAUUUUAAUGUAUGUACAAAUAAAAAAAGCUGUAACA